AUGAAGGACAAGGCCGCCGACUGGCUCGGUGACCACCCGGCCGCGCACCAUCUCCGCGGCAAGCGGUGGUUGGAAAUCUUGGGCUCUGUUCUUCUUUCUCUUGGUGUGCUUGGUCUGAUCGGUGUAUGGGCUGCGGCCACGGAGGGUUAUGAGAGCACAUCAGAGUUCUCACCAAACUUCAACCUCACCGAUAACGACCACUGGUACUCCGACUUCAUUCCGGGCCGCACUGGCCAGUUGUGUCAGCCUGCCUUCAUCAACACUGGUAGCCAGUUUUACACCACCAAUGGCAUCUUCCUGUGGGAGAUGGGCAAGGCGUUCAACGUGUCGGGUGUUGCUGCGAACGGCAACAAUGACACCAUGGUCAACUUCAACGGCACCCUCAAGCAGUACGCCGACAACAAACUCGACCACUGUGACGUUUCUGGCAUGGCCAUUGACAUGGACCUCAUGCAGGCCAGCAUCAGGGUGCAACUGUAUGCCACCUGCAUCGACCCCAAGUGGCCUGCUCUUCUCCACUCCCAGACCACCUUCUCGGUUGACCAGAGCCGUCUGCUCGACCCUUCAUUGUGGUUCAACGAGUACCUGGUCGCGAACAACUCCAACGGCAGCAGCAUCAGCAGCUCGCUGAACGACCUUGCCGAGGACCUUUGGAACCGCCAAAGGGCCGUCUACCUUCGUGGCUCCGAAGUGCUCCCUACCAUUCGCGGUCUCCGUCUUCUCAGUGACCGCAACUGUGCCAUGGAGACCGAGAACAAGACGACCUGUUACGAAUCUGCCGUGACCUACAACAACGAAAGUGUGGGUUUCUUCAUGACCCCCAACCUCACCAUCACCACGGUCACCAACGACACGGUCGACUGGAACAUUACCACCAACAACUUUAUUCAGGCCCUCUUUGCCGCCGCCCGCUACGACUUUGGUAUCAACAUGACCAACAACCUCUUCUCCAACGGCCAAGCCCGCUCGAGCGUCAUUCAGACUGUGGACAACGUUGACAACUCGACCACACUCAUGAACUCUCUCACUGGCGCCAUGGCCUUCCUCGACGCCCCCGUCUACCCCCAGUCCACGGUUAGCCGCAUUCAGACGAGCUACCUGUGCGUCGUCAUGAAGAUGAAGCCACCUGCGACGUUUGUCAUGUCGGUCCUCGGUUUCACGCUCGCCAUCUUUGGCGCCGCGUUUGCCGUGGCGGUCGCGGCGGUCAAGUUCCUCACGGGCAAGCACUUUGGCGUCCCGGUGGUCGACAGGACCAUUCACGCCGUCACCAGCCGCCUCAGCAGCUCGACCCAUCGCCGUGGUGCCAGCGGUGGCAGUGCCGUCGGCAACAAGGGCGCAAGCAGCGACGAGUAUUCACGCUCGGCCGCUGACAGCACGCCGGCGCCGUCGACGUACAUCGGCGGACACGCAAAGGAAGGUUCGGGCUCCGAGAUGCUGUACAGCACUCCUCUGAACGACAAGUCGCGUGCCCUCGGUGGAUCGGACACGGCAUCGAGCAUGACCCUCAAGGACCGUUUCUCGUCGUUUGGCUCGCUGUCCAAGUUUACCGACCGCGGCGCAAGCUCGGCCGCCAACUCGCCAGCUACGGGUCUCGCGAGCCUCCCCUUCGCCGACAAGUUUUCUGGCUUCAUUCCUUCUGACGCUGCCGCGGGUCUGGUAGCUGGUGGAGCAGCAGGCGGUCUUACUGCCGCUGCAGCUGGCCAUUUCGCCGGUGGUUCCGGUGAUGAGGAGAAGGCUCUUGCAGCUGGCGCUGGCGCUGGAGGCCUUACGGCCAACAUGACCUCUGAGCCCUGGGGCUUUGCCAAGGGCAUGAUGCCGGCCAGCAUGCAGAACAUGGUCCCGGCCAACAUUCAAGGCAUGGUCCCCGCAAACCUCCAAGGCAUGGUUCCCGCAAACCUUCAAGGCAUGGUCCCGGCCAACAUGCAGAACAUGGCCGCCAACGUCCAAGGCAUGGUUCCCGCCAACAUGCAGAACAUGGCCGCCAACGUUCAAGGCAUGGUUCCCGCCAAUGUCCAAGGCAUGGUCCCUGCUGGUGUCGCGGGUGGUCUCGCAGGUGCUGCCCCUGCCAACGUCCGCAACAUGGUCCCCACUCAGGCUUCCGAUGUGUUCGCCUCUGCUCAAAGUGCCACUGCCGCCGGCGGUGUUGCUGACCUCAGCGACCGCGCAGCAGCUAUCAGCGGUCUCCCGGCCCAGGCUCAGAACAUGGCGUCGAACGGUUGGGGCUCUGUUGGCACGACUGCUGCCGGUGUCGCUGCCGCAGGUGCUGCCGGCGUCGCUGGUUUCGCUGCUGCUUCGCAUUUCGGCAAGGACCAGCCUCAGACCACGCCUGCACCCGUCGCUUCGCCCGUCGCCAAUGCCAUGACCCAGCUGCCCGUCGAUCCCGCCACUGCUCAGACUGCUGCUGUCGAGACUGCUCCGUCUAACCAGCUCGGCGCUGCGCAGAACCUGGACCCCAUGCUAAACCGCAAGGCUUCCACCGGCUCGGGUCUGUCCCGCCGUGUAUCGCCUCCCCCUCCCAUCUCCAUUCCUGCCGCCCAGACCGCCGCCACCACCGAGGUCGCGGCCAACGGUACCACUUUUGCCACACCCGCUAGCCCCACUGCCUCUGGCCCGCCCGUUUUCUCUCCCAAGCAGCCCACUCGUGCCGCUGCAACUUCUGCCGGCCCGCCCCUGCUCUCUCCCAAGACCCCCACUGUGGCGAGCCCGACCGCGCCUGGUGCGCCGGUUUCCGCUCGCUCAGUUCCGGCCGUCGCGCAGAAUGAGGUUGCUGCUCAAGCCCCCGUUCAGGCUGUUCCGGCCCCCGUAUCGCAGGUUCCUGCGCAGGCCCCGGCGUUCGGCACCGCUGCUCUCGGUGCGGGUGUGGCUGGUGUUGCCGGUGUCGGAGCUGCCACUCUCGCUGCCAACUCGGACAACUCCUCCGUCCAGCCCAACGCUUCAAAGGCAGUCGCCGAGCCGGCUCACGCUGCCAUCGCUGAGCCCGCGGCCGCGAACGUUGCCUCUGGCCCGUUCAACGUCGCUGGCAUUGUCGACCCCGCAACCCAGGCUGUCUCCAACGCUACCACGAGCGCCAACACCUUCGUCGCCGGUAUCCCUCAGCAGGUUUCCGCUGCUGUCCCAGCCCAAUUCUCUUCCAACAUGCCCUCCAUGCCCACUUCCGUCUCCAGCAUCCCCACGCAGGCCAACACUCAGGUUUCCAGCAUCACUGGCCUCGUGAACGACAAGGUUGCCGCGGCACCCACGUUCAUCUCCAACCAGACCUCCAACAUCCCCACCCUCCCAUCUGCCUCUUCAUACACGGACACUCUCACUUCCACUUUCAACGACGCUUCCACCACCGCCUCCACCCAGCUCCAGGGCCACGCCUCCAACCUCACCGGCAUGCUCAAUGGCGCCACGGCGACAGCCCAGACCGCUGUCCAGACCGCAGAGGACAAGGUCAAGGCCUCGGCCUCUGGCUUCCUCGGCAACCUUUGA